UUCUGCAUAUAUGUGUGGUUUAUUGUUGCCUUUAAAUUGGAAUUCCUUUUUUUAGAUGGGAUACGAGGAGAAAAAAACGCAGCAAACUGAAAUUUAACAAUUGUGCAGCCACGUUCUAUUGAGAGGUGAAGUGCACAUAUUUAUUUGCUAAGGAUGCAGGCUGAGUCUCCUGUCCCUUGCUUUUACACUGACACCUAUGGCAAGAUUUACUAGACAUAUUCGAGUCCCAGCUCUGCCUUCUUCCUCUUUUUUUUUCCUCCUUUCCCUUUAAACACUUAUUACACGUGUAAGGACCUGGUUCUAAAAGAAGGGAUGUUUGCUCUCAUCGGAGAGGAAUGAGGAGAUCCCUAUUUUGGGGGAGGUGCUUUAACAGAGUAAAGAACUGUAGUCACUGAUGCACCAUUUGGAGUCAUUGUGUUGAAAUCAUACGAGGGUUUUUUUGUUUGUUUGUUUGUUUUGUCUCUGAGGCCUUCCUUUGUUGUAACACCAGUUACGUUUUUCCUAUUUAUUGUUUGUUUUUUUUGCCAACACUACAUCAUCCUUAGUGUGAACGCUUCAUCUGUGCCGAGAUGUUACUUCUCAAAAUCAAUGUACGGUACUUUUUUCCUAUUCCAUUUUGCUUUAAAGUUCAUCAUGAUGUAUCACGCUAAAAAAAGAAAAGUCUGGAUUCAGAAAUUCAAAUGUUAUUUGUUCGGAUUGUUUUUCUAUGCUACGAACAGGUAUAUUUUCUAAUUAAAAAUAAAUUCUUCAAAGUCCUGUACCAUCCUUAUUUCUGCUUGUCUCACGACUGAAUCACCACCAGGCUGUAGAUUUGAGCGGCCAAUCACCACCAGGCUGUAGAUUUGAGCGGCCAAUCACCACCAGGCUGUAGAUUUGAGCAGUACUGAACAGUUUAGAUGAGCACGUGCUCAAAGAACAACCGGGGGCUUCUGGGAUGAAGAGUUUUUGUGCACGUUGUCACGUAGGUGACUUGCUGAACUGCAGCAAGCGUGGAAAAUGUUUGCGUUGUCUGUGGGCAAUAAAGUUACCGCUGUUCAAGAAAGCGCCGGCACACGGUGUGUUCUCUGAGCUUUUUGUGCCUAAUUCCUGUCAUUAGAAGGUUCUGCUCGUUUUCUUGAAAAUUGCUUCCUAGCGAGGCCGUGCUCCGAGGGGCAGGUUGGGUUUCGUUAGAUAACAAUGCAACAGAAAAGCAGGAAAUAUAAUGCAAGGAAACCUUAUUUUUAAACAGCUGCCCGCUUGGCAGAAGUUCCUUACAGGCUGUUUUGUUGUUGGGGUUAACAAUCCGUACGAGUUUGCAAGGCCUCCUGUAGAGACAGAGCUGUUGGGUGGGAAAUCAGAAAUACGUAAAACCACCUGAAAGGAGAGGGAACUGAGAACCGCAAGGUCUGCCUUCGUUUGAUGCCCUGUCAGUCGCUGUGUGUUAAUUACUGACGGCGGCUCUGCACGCUGCUAAUUUGCACAGCUCCCCACACAGCAGCCCGGGCUUCAUUUCACCGCUCAUCUUCGCUGUCAGCCAACGGGAAGACACAGAUCAGCUUCACACGUAUUUAAUUUGUGUCUCUUCCAAACUCACAACUCACUCCUGUGCAUAAGCAGUAUAUAAAACCAUCUAAUAGAAACAAUAAUGAAUCGUUUUGCGUGUCAUUCGACACAGAAAUGAAAAGCAACUGCUCCUGCUGGCUAUCAGUAUCUUGCUCCCAAUGCCGCUCGAGAAACCAGUGUCAGGAAAGGCAAAGGCUUAAUUAGGGACCGACGAUAAUGAUUUUUUUUCGGAUUUCUUCUGGUUUCCACACAGCGCACCGUUUUCCCGCCCGCCCGCGGGGGGCGUCACAUGAGCGCGGCGCGGGGCGCCAACGGGCGCGGGGCUGAGGGAGGGGCCGCCAUCUUGGGGGUCCGUGGGCUGUGGGGAAGCGGCCUCGGGCGCUGCGGUGUGGGCUGCUGGGGGCGUUCCUUAAGGGGCUGUACGGCGUGGUGGGAUGAUGUGUGGUUGAGGUGUAGCUGGAGGAGGCUAACGGGACGCAACUGCCCUGCCACAUCCUCAGGGUGUGGUCCCCGAGGGAAGGGGUUGAUGCGGAAUGUGCUGUGGGAACCAGGGUUGGAAUUGAGGUGACCGCUGCCUCGCUCUGAUUUUGCUUGGAAUUUGCUGGAGCACUUUAAAGGUUUACUGCCAGAAUUAUCAGGAGAUGCCUGCUUUGGAGGUCUUCAGCAGGACCAUGAAGAAGCUGUGAUUAUUUAAUAACAAGGAAUAAAAGUUGGGAAGAACGUAUUUCUAGUUGAGUCUCAGGAAAUGGGUGGCACUGCUGUUGUCCUUUGUCUUGUUUUGCAAUUAAUGCAGGAGAUAAAAGCAUCUGCUGGGAACUGCAUUCCCAGAAAAACAGUGAAAUUCCAAACUGUAAAUGCAGAAAUGUUUGUGAAAGAAGGCUUGUCCAAUGUCUCCACUCUCCUUGUGGAUGAAGAAACUGAUAGGCUGUUUGUUGGAGGCAGGGAUGUAAUAUCUGCCCUUGAUUUGAAUAACAUUUCCAGAGAAAUUGCCAAGGAACACUGGUUUGCUACACAGGAAAGACAACUGGAAUGUAUUCGUCGAGGCAAGGACAAGAUAAGGUGCCAAAACUACAUCCUGAUCCUCCAUAAGAUGAAUGAUUCCCACGUGUAUGUUUGUGGGACAAAUGCCUAUCACCCGCUGUGUGACCACAUGGUUAUCCAGAGGACAAAGAUGCGUUUGCAAGGAAGAGCUGAAGAGAGCAGAGGGAAGUGUCCUUUUGAGCCAACUCUGAAGUAUGCAUCUGUUUUUGUAGAUGGAGCAUUUUACUCAGCUACUUCAAAUAAUUUCUUGGGAACAGAACCUAUAAUACUUCGCAGCAUGCAAAAUCCUGUAAGAACAGAAUUUAAAACCUCUUGGCUAAAUGAACCAAGCUUUGUUGGCAUGGAAAUAGUACCUGAAAGUGAGUUUAGUCCAGAUGGAGAUGAUGAUAAAAUUUAUGUGUUCUUCACUGAAACAGCUGUUGAGUUUGAAUUCUAUGACAAGAUUCUGGUGUCCAGAAUUGCCCGUAUCUGCAAAGGUGAUCUUGGUGGAAAACGCUUACUGCAGAGAAGAUGGACUUCAUUUUUAAAAGCCCGACUUUCCUGUUCCAUUCCAGAACUCAACUUCCAUUUCAGUAUCAUUCAGGACAUCUUUUUCCUUAGGAGAGGGAAGUGGCAGGACAGCAUCUUUUAUGGAAUUUUUUCCCAGCAGUGGGGCAGAUUGGACAUAUCAGCUGUUUGUGCAUACAGCAUGGCAAGCAUUCAGGAAGCCUUCUCCAAAGGAAGCUACAGGGGCCCAGUAACUGUGGAACAUUCCCACGUUAGAUGGAUGGCUUUUAGAGGAGAGGUGCCAGUCCCACGUCCUGGUGCUUGUAUCGAUAAUUUUGCCCGGAAUUUGGGGUAUAAUACAUCUUCUGACCUGCCUGACAAAGUUCUGCAGUUUGCUAGAGAUCACCCUCUGAUGGAUGCUUCUGUAAAUCCAAUUGGUGAUAGGCCAGCACUACUGAAGAGGAGCUCAAACUACACCAGGAUUGUGGUAGACAGAGUUACUGGCCUAGAUAAGCAGACCUACGAUGUUAUGUUUCUAGGAACAGAUGAUGGAUAUUUGCAUAAAGCUUUCAAUUGCGAUGGAGAAAUGUUCAUUGUGGAAGAGCUGCAGCUGUUUCUGUCCCCUGAGCCUGUACAGUUCCUGCAGCUGUCUGCUAAAAAGGGGAUGCUCUAUGUGGGGUCCCUGUCUGCAGUGGUGCAGCUUCCAGUUUCGGGCUGCCAGCGAUACAAGCAGUGCUUGGAUUGCAUCCUGGCAAGAGACCCGUACUGCGCGUGGUCUCAGCCUGCCCAUGCGUGUGUUCUGCUGUCAGAUCAGUCUGCUGAUACCAGGAAUUUAAUUCAAAAUGUGAAAUAUGGGGAUGCUUCCAGCUGCCUUAGUGUAGAGAAUGAUGUGAGAAAAUACCUCGUUACUCUUGGAAACAAUGUUCAUCUUAAAUGUGUUCCUCUUUCAAAUCUGGCAAGAGUGGUGUGGAAGUUCAAUGGGAGCCGAAUUCGGGAUAAGGACUCUAAAUACCUCCUCUAUGAUGGAGGAAUAGCAAUAUUUAAUGCGACAGUGGCUGAGACUGGAUUCUAUGAUUGCCUCUCAGUAGAGAGAUCCAAAGCAAAGGAAUUCUUUAUCACUGUGGCCCGUUAUGCCCUUUAUGCACGUCAGAGUACAGAGAAGGCAAAUGUUGAUGCUGCAACAGAUAGCAGUAAUGAAGCAGAAGCUGUGGGAUUUCAGUCUUCAGUAUCAACUUAUUUACUGAAAGAUGCAACAAAACAGAAAUUUGUGGGCAGCCAAAAAGAGAAUCUUGUUUUAAAACUCCUGGGUGCAGGUUUUGCUCUUCUUUUUUUUUUCUUGUUCAUUUGGAAUUUCUACAAGGGCCAUAUAUCUCUGCCUUGGAGGAUCAGAGACACCGGCUCCAGAGACACCGAUGCAGACUUGGAAAAUCCAGAACUGACCACAGAAAGAUCAGGGGCUGUAAGAGAGAGUUCAGCAGUACAAAAAGACACAUCUUUUCUUAAUGAAUAAACGCUUGUGAGUUUUUCUCAAGGCGUGCAGCACAGUGCAGGCUGUGCAGUGUGUGCAGCUCGUGGAGUUGCUUGGUUCAGAUGACGUUUCCUUCUAAGGAAUGUGGAAUGUAAAUUUGGGUAGGAGUCAGAAGCUCAGAACUGAAGAUGACAAGCUGCAUUGUGCAUGGCAUAGUCAUGUUACCAGCUGGUACUUUUAAAAGCAAUAUGCCUUUUUGACACAUUAGAACCAUAAGUUUUUUUUUUUUCAAAAAUUGACACUGAUCCACUUUUUUGUAUUGUUGGAGUCGCCCAAUUACAGAAAUUAAUACUUCAGAAGCUAAUAAUACUUAGCAUUUAGUGCCUUUCACCUUCAGACUUUGUGUUUAAUCUACGAAUAGCAACUAAUUAAGUCUCCCAAUGCCCCAAGAGGUUGCUACUACCCUCAUUUUUCAUCAGGUUAAAUUACUUGUCAGUGACCAUAGUAUUGGUGUCAGAUCCAAUGCUUUGUUAGAAGUCCCUGAGUCGUCUUCACAUUUUCCUCUCUUUUCUCUUUAUUUAACUGUUUUUAAAACUUUCCAUACAUUUAUUUUUCUAAUGUGCUUUUAGUGAUAUUAUGACGCAUCUUUUCUGUCCAGAAGUGUCAUGAACUGACGUAAAUACUGCCUAAAUUGUUCUGGGUUUAUUUCUAAGGUUUGGUCAGAACUCAAACUGUGUAGCUCCUUUUGUUAAAGGCCAAAGUUGAGUAUUUUUUUUCUGAAACUCUUUUUCUUUUUUCAAAUAAAAGUUAUCUUACAUUUUCUCGUUUGGAAAAUAACACGGAUUCUCUGCCUCUGAAAUUCCUGACGAGAAGGCUGUGCUGCCUCACUCAGAAUGUGGACAAGAACUCUGAAAUGGACAUCUGGAAAUUAAAGACCGUUCUGUCGGUGAGCUGUGAUGCCUGUCAGUAACUACCAGUGCAAAGCAGAAACAGGAUCCGAGGGGCUCUGAGGUGUCUCAGAGUUUGAAAGGGAAGCUACUUCUUUGCAGGGUUUUGUUGCCUAUAUUCCUUCUCCCUGCACGCAAAGGGUUUCAUGGAAAUUUACGAUGCAGAUGGGAUGGUGAUGUGUGAUAACGUAGGAAGUGAUCAAAAUUUCCAUUCUUCCCUCUGGGGACUCAGUCACUUCCCUCAGUGGAAGGAGGUGCAGAUGGAAUACAGAACCCCAUUUCAGAAAAUCCUCACAAGGCUACCAGCAUUUGGUUUUAGUUCAAUUCCUGCUGAUCUAAUUACCCUAAUUUAAGCGUGUAAAAUAAUUAGCUUCUAAGAGUUGCAGAUAAGUUACCGUUAACAGGUCGAUAUGAAAGGUACUGUGCCCUACUUUCAGUAGUAUCCUCAGUGCAGUUUUAGUCCUUGUGUCAUUGCUUCCCAUGUUGCACACAGGAAGGGCAGAGAAUAGGAAGCAGGAGCAUUGCUGGUGCUCAGCGGUGCCAGGGCAGAGCUGGAGCUGCUGGUUCCAUUGCCAGCUCAGAGCAACCAUCUGCAGCUGCUCCAACUCAUGUCCUGCCGUGACCCAUCUGAGCACAGCAGUGCCCUGUGCAAACAUUCCUUCCCCACAGCCCCCAGCACAGCUCAGCUCUCCUGGCUCCAGCAGCCUGUGCUUGUAGCUGCUGCCAUCAUUUCAAGCAGGGCUCAGACUUCAUCUGAUGUUAUGCUUAAAAUUUUUUGGCAGCAAACUGUAGCCCCAAAUGUGAGUAAUAGCAGAGAAGACAUGGCAGACAAAGAAUUACACCUGUCUCAGUAAACCUCCCUUUUAAAUGCCCUAGGGGAAAGAGUGGAGGUGAAAUGCUGAAAGCAGAGUAUGAAGUGUUGGUAUCGCUCAUGUUUGUGCUGUUAAUGUUGAGUUAUGAGCACUGCUCCCACCUUUUAUUGUAAAAUUACUAGUACAAAGCUUACUAUUUUGGUGCAAGUUCUAAAAUGGUUAAUGCGUGGAGAAAUUAAUGUGCAGAACUGCAUGGGAUUAACAAAAUCUCUCUUGGGAACAUUUCCCAUUAAAGUGCCCUGAUAAGUAAAGAGCAGAAAUGAGGGGGGGAUGAUCCAGCAGCAUCGCUCAGCAGCGCUGUCUGCUUCUGAGAGGCUUUGUUAGAAUAGUGGAACGUUUUAAGGCGAUGCAGGCAUUUGUGGGAGCUGGGUGAGGAGUGGUGGUGUUCAGUGAGGAUCUGAGUGUACUGCUAGAGGAAAUGCAGGAAUGCUGUUGUGCCAAAGCCACACUUCAGGUUCGUUACUGGACCUGCUCUAAAAACCUGUAAAACUGCAUGUGUGCUCCUGCACUCAUCCACAGCUUCAGUUACUGCUGUAACUUAAAGCUGAGAAUUACUGCAGGCAGUAGAACCGAUUCACCCUGCCCAGUGUAGUUGAUACCACUCCAUUCUGAUCUGUGUCCCAAGUGACAAAACACGCAGUGUUCACAAGCCUCCAUCCUGUUUGUCUUACAUGUGGGAACGCCAGGCUGGAUGCACUUCGGGCUUUGCCUACAGAACGCAAGCAGCAGCCAGAACAGCUGCUGUGUGCAGAAUCUCUACUCUGAGCUGUUGGAUAGAAGGCUAAAAAAGAGCAGGUGUGAAAUAUCCAUUCCUGGAUGGGCCUUCUGCUGCCUUCAGCAGGCCACACCACUGCUGUGUCUGCCCUUGUGGUUGGAAAUGCUGCUUUUCCCCAGGCUGACCCGUUCAGCUCCUUUCCCAGCCCUCAGGCCGUGCCGUGGCUGUGCUGCCUCAACUGGAAAGCACUCGUUUAAAGUUUAUUUCUGCCGGGGAGCUUUUAUGGCUGUGUUAAAGUCAUGUCUGUUUUCUUUGAUUAAUGGAUUUCAGCACUUUGAUUCUUUCAAAAUGGAGCAGUUCUGUUCCUUCUCGUGGCUUUGCUGUGAGCCCUCUGCUGCUGUUCAGUGAGCUGGGCACCUCUCUGCCCCUGGGUACCUCAGCAGAGGGCUGCGUUGGCUCCUUGGGCUGCAGCAGCAGCACUGCCUGCUCUCUAAUUACCCAGGCUCCUUCCCCAAGCCUGCCCAGCAUCCCUUCUUCCCGGGGUGUUUUGCUAUUUCCUAAAAGUGUACUCGUGGCAUCUGUUAACUUGUAUGAACUGCAUCAUGAAAGACAGAGCAAGCAGCGACCUGUUUGUGAUAGCAUAUAUCUAGAUAAGAUUACACGGGUUUUUGGUUUGUUUUUUGUUGUUGUUGUUUUUCUGUUUUCUCCGGGUAGCCAGAGCCCCUUCACUAACCGUGAUCCAGCAGCUCUUGGCCUGUGGUUC